AUUUUUAAUAUAUAUCAAUUUUCUCUCUUUCAGGAUGACACCCGCAUAAUUAAACUUGGAGAUAAGAAACAUUGGAUACAUGAUCCUAAUAAUGAACUUUGUCGCCCACUCAACUGCAAAAAGAAAGAACUUUGCCUCUUGGAAGAUAUGUUUACUGCUGUCUGCGUUUCAAAAAAGGAGCUUCAUAAAUCAGGGGACAUAGUGAUUCCAAAGUCUCGUGCAAAUCAACAGCGACGCAUGAGAACUGAAAUUUCAGUUGAUUCAGAUGACGAUGAUGCCUUCUUUGAUUCCGAAGACGAUGAUGAUGAUCAGGACGAAUCAAAGUGUCAAGAAUGUCCCGUGGUGAAGCCUACGUUUCUCUGUGGAAGUGACAAUCGAACAUAUAGUUCGCCAUGUCGUCUCGAGUACCAUAACUGCAUUCACCAUACUUCCGUCCACAUUGCCUGCAAAGGUUUUUGUCCAUGCAGAGGUAAAAAAUUUGUCUACAUAAAUUAAGCUGAUAUUGAAGCAUUAAUUUUAUACAAGGAAGGACUUUUUCGAUAAUAAGUUAUAUACAUAUAUAAAAUAUACAUUUGGCCAAGAAAGCGAUAUAGUACAAAAAU